AUGCAAGGAAAUUGGAAAGAUUCGAAGGAAGAUGUUCUACAUCUCAAUUUUCCAGACGAAAAUGUAACUCGUGAAGGGCUCCACGCAGUUCUAGGAUCGCUUUAUCAUAACCAAAUCGAAAUCGACCUAGAUAAAGUCGAGGGAGUCCUAUCUGCCGCCUCUGUUCUCCAGUUGGAAAGCGUGUUAGAGCGAUGUGGUGAAGCAAUGGCUGAAAAUAUUCUACCGAACAAUGUGUUGCGAUACCUCAAUCUGGCAGAGAUGUAUGGUCUCCCGCAGGUAACGAACAAAGCGUAUCAUUUGCUGAAAUGGAACUUUUGGAGAUUUAUGAAAUCAAAGGAUCAUUUAAAAGAGCUGAAAGAAGACACGUUUAUUCGCUUGAUUUCAUCCUCUGAGCUUCUUAUCAUGGAAGGGGAGAUGGACAUCUAUAUAGCCAUCAAAAUGUGGAUUUUCCUUCAACAGAAGCCUCAUGCCUCCGCGUUGCCAGACGCCGAAUUCACGCGUCUUAUGAACGAAACACUUGCCAGCUAUCCUCCUGGAGAGUUAUUCGUUAGAUAUGCAGCCUUAUUUGCAGCUCUUCGGUUUCACCAUAUCACCACUACAUUAGCUAGCUUGGGUGUCGUUGAGAAGGACAGAUUGAUUCCGAAGGAAGUGCUUCGGGCUGUGAUGGUGGAUCAGUGGAAAACGACAUUAACCAAUGAAGAAAACCCAACAGCAGUUAUCAUUUCGGAUGGGACUGGAGCGUGUCUUUUUGACAGUACAAAGCAGAGUAUUUCUUUGAGAUUGGAUCAGAGUGUGGUUGUGGCUCGUUUUGGAGAUGACAUCAAACUUCCAGUAUCAGUACACCUGCUCUACCUAGCAGCACAACCCGCACCACCCUCAUUUCUUUAUGUAAACCAAUAUAUCAAGGACGUGGUGAAAAGGGAAGAUGAAGAAGAAGAAGAAGAGGAAGAAGUAUUUCAUAUGGCAUCUGAGUAA